AAUACUUUUGUGGGUGAGUGUGUGUCUCUUUCUCUCACCCUUGGAUCAAAAUCAAACCCUGGAAAACCAUCCAUUUGGGGGAGAAAUGGAGAACAACAACCAGCAAGUGCAAUCCCAAUCAGGUUCAUACCCAGCGCAACCCGCAGCGGCGGCGGCGGCGGCGGCUCCAUUCCACCACCUCCUACAGCAACAGCAGCAACAGCUUCAGAUGUUCUGGUCGUACCAGCGCCAAGAGAUCGAGCACGUCAACGACUUCAAGAACCACCAGCUUCCCUUGGCGCGCAUCAAGAAGAUCAUGAAAGCCGACGAAGACGUUCGAAUGAUCUCAGCGGAAGCACCGAUCCUCUUCGCCAAGGCAUGCGAGCUCUUCAUCCUCGAACUCACCAUCCGUUCAUGGCUUCACGCCGAGGAGAACAAGCGCCGAACCCUCCAGAAGAACGACAUCGCCGCUGCCAUUACCCGCACCGACAUUUUCGACUUCCUUGUUGAUAUUGUCCCCAGGGACGACAUCAAGGACGAUACAGCCGCCGCCGCACUUGUUGGUGGCCCCACCGCUAGCGGUGUUCCUUAUUACUAUCCUCCUAUUGGUCAGCCUGCCGGAAUGAUGAUCGGCCGCCCCGCGCUAGACCCCACCACCGGUGUCUAUGUUCAGCCGCCUUCCCAGGCGUGGCAGUCAGUUUGGCAGAGCGCUGCUGAGGAUGGGUCUUAUGGGAGUGGUGGGAGCAGUGGACAGGGUAAUCUUGAUGGACAGAGCUGAGUGACAAUAAUGCCGAUGAUGGACUAUCAGGGGUUAUAAAGAUGGUGGACUUCUGCAAUGUUGCUUGGAAUUUUUGAUUGCUUGCAAUUUAGAAAUGGUUUUGUUAACUAAAUUUUUAUGGGAUGACAGUACGAACCUGUUAACUUGAUGAACUGCAUGAUUUAACUACUUAUGUACAAAAGUUUAAAACUGAUCAAUGAUCCUUCUGUGCAAUGCGUGAAACAUGUUUGAUCACCAGCUAAUUGACUGUUUAUUUCCUCAGAAGCAUUCCAUAUAUGUGCUGCA